AUGAAGAUCCAUAAGAUGAUUCCCAGCCUAUGUACAUGGCAGAUCUCCAUGCUCACUCUUAUCACCAAUAUCCUCUUUGUUAUAUCCACCUCUCCAUCUCCUAACCCUAGCCACCAUGAUCUCUUGGCGCUCUUAUCCCUCAAAUCCCACAUAACAAGUGAUGCACUGUCGUCAUGGGAUGCAGCAAGCAACGACACCAGCAAACCAGUUCCUAAUUUCUGCAAAUGGACUGGCGUGACCUGCGGCGACCGUCGCCACCCUGGCCAUGUCACUGCCAUAGAUCUGCAUGGCUAUGGCCUUGGAGGCACCAUCUCUCAAGACAUCGGCAACCUCACAUACCUCCACUUCAUUGAUCUAUCGUCCAAUAACCUGGUAGGUGAUAUUCCCUCCAGCCUUGGCAAUUGCAGAAGACUUCGUACUAUGAAUUUGAGCAGUAACCACUUGUCUGGUUCUGUCCCUACUCCUCUGGGUCACCUAUCAAAGCUCAAAAUUUUCAAUGUCAACAACAACAAUCUGACUGGUGAAAUUCCCACGACACUAUUUAAUGUCACAACGCUAAUGAUCCUUAGAAUUGGGGGAAACUCCUUUCAGGGCCAAAUCCCCAGCUGGUUGAGCAACCUAACAUCAUUGACUGAUUUGUAUCUUGUGAAUAACAACUUCAGUGGCAACAUCCCUGCAGAUUUAUGUAAGUUAAGUAACCUCACAACGUUUGAUGUAAUGAAUAACAAGCUUGACGGCCCUGUUCCUCCAUCACUCUUCAAUAUUUCGUCCAUCACUACCUUAGGUCUUGACAUGAACCAGCUUACAGGAUCACUGCCACUUGAUAUUGGCUUUAAGCUUCCCAAGCUAUAUGCUUUGGCCACAUAUUACAAUUACUUUGAGGGUCCAAUACCAGCCUCCUUAUCAAAUGCAUCUGAACUCCAAUAUCUGAUUCUUCGUGGAAACCGAUAUCAUGGUUUGAUCCCACGGACAUUGGUAUUCACGAUUGGGCACUUGAAGAGCCUCGGCACAAUGGACCUCUCAAUGAAUAAGCUAGAUGGUGAAAUCCCAGAGGCUAUUGAGGGUUGUGUCCAACUGCGAUUCCUAUACUUACAAGGAAAUCUACUGCAAGAGCAAAUCCCAAAAGGGUUGAAUACUCUGGGAGUGCUUGAAAAAUUGGAUCUCUCGAGCAAUAACUUAACAGGACCCAUACCCAAAUUUCUAGAGGGCAUUAGAUCUCUAAGCUAUCUAAACCUGUCCUUCAAUAACCUAUCUGGUCCUGUGCCAGAUGCAGGUGUCUUUUCUAAUUCCACUAUAUUGUCGGUCACAGGUAACACCAUGCUAUGUGGUGGUCCUCCAUUCUUGCAACUCCAUUCAUGCCCAUCUAUACCUUCUCACAAGGCUUCACCGCAUCGAUUGCACAUAUUUAUCUUUGGAGCUAUUGGAUUAUUCAUCUUUUGUGUAUGCUCCGUAACUGCUUAUUGCUUUAUUAAGAGAAGGACCACAUCAACUUUUGUUCAUCAUGAGCACCUAUUCUUUAAUGAGGAGCAUGAGAGAAUAUCCUAUGCCGAGCUACAUAAAGCAACAGGAUCAUUCUCUCCAGCAAAUUUGAUUGGUUCUGGAAGCUCUGGCAAAGUGUACUUUGGAAAUUUAACUUUUGGUGAGAAUUUAGCUACCGUAGCAAUCAAGGUUCUUGAUCUUGGACAACAAAGAGCCAGUAGAAGCUUUUUAGCUGAGUGUAAUGCUCUAAAGAGGAUCCACCACCGGAAAUUGGUGAAGGUGAUCACCGUGUGCAGUGGCUUCGACCAUAAUGGUAAUGAAUUCAAGGCACUUGUCCUAGAAUAUAUUUGCAAUGGGAGUUUAGAUGACUGGCUGCAUCCAGACAAAAUGACAAAUAGCAAGAUCAGAAGAAAUCUAAGUUUGAUGAAAAGACUCAACAUUGCUCUUGACGUUGCAGAGGCAUUGGAAUAUCUUCACGAUCAUAUUGAUCCACGGAUAGUUCAUUGUGACAUUAAACCAAGCAACAUACUUCUAGAUGAUGAUUUGGUUGGACAUGUUACAGACUUCGGUUUAGCAAAGAUAAUGUCGUCUGAAGCAGGCAGGAAAAACCAUCAUGAAACUGAAGGCAGCUCAUUUGCAGUUAAAGGCACAAUUGGAUAUAUCCCCCCAGAGUAUGGAUCAGGAUGUGAUGUCUCCACGGAUGGUGAUACAUAUAGCUACGGGGUACUCCUGUUAGAAAUGUUUACUGGAAGAAGGCCAACUGACAGUUUCAACGAUGGCGUGCCAAAUCUUGUCAGCUUUGUUAAGAUGGCUUAUCCUAUUAAUCUACUAGAGAUACUUGAUGUUACUGCAUCAUACAGUAGAAACACAGACACCCAAGCUAUCCUAGAUAUUCUCGUUUAUCCAAUAUUUAGAGUUGCUUUAGCAUGUUGCAAUGACUCACCAAGACAAAGAAUGAAGAUGCACGACAUAGUGGAGGAGUUGAAUGCUAUAAAAAUGGCAUGCGCUGUUCAGAUGCCGUACUCAUAA